AUGGUGGCCUCUCUCAUUGACGGCAAAGCCAUUGCCAAAACUAUCCGCGAGGAAAUUUCGCAGGAGAUCAAAACGAUGAGCUCCGGAGCCAGCGGGUUCCGCCCCACGCUGGCCAUCUUCCAGGUGGGCAACCGCCCCGACUCCGCGACAUACGUCAGAAUGAAGUGCAAGGCGGCCGAAGACGCGGGCAUCGAGGUGCGCUUCGUGCAUCUCGACGAGGACGUCGCGGAGCACACUCUGCUGACGCAGGUGCAGGAGAUGAACGAGGACUCCAGCGUGGACGGGAUCCUGGUGCAGCUGCCGCUGCCCGGCCACAUCGACGAGGACAAGAUCACGUCUGCGGUCGCAGCACGCAAGGACGUGGACGGGUUCGGUGCAUUCAACAUCGGAGAGCUCAACAAGAAGAACGGUAAACCCUUCUUCCACCCCUGCACGCCAGAGGGCAUCAUUGAGCUGCUGGUGCGCAAUGACGUACCCAUCGCGGGCGCGCGCGCGCUGGUGAUCGGCCGCUCCGACAUCGUGGGCUCGCCCGUGGCGGAGCUGCUGAAGGCGCGGGACGCCACGGUCACGGUGGUUCACUCCAAGUCGAAGGACAUCCCCGACUACGUGUCCAAGGCCGACAUCGUGGUGGUGGCUAUCGGCCGCCCUGAGUUCGUGAAGGGCGCGUGGUUCGAGGGCAACAGCAACUGCGUGGUCAUUGACGUGGGCACCAACUACGUCGACGACGCGUCCAAAAAGAGCGGCUACCGUUGUGUGGGCGACGUCGAAUUCGAGGCCGCACGCCAGCACGUCAGGCUCAUCACCCCGGUUCCGGGCGGAGUUGGCCCCAUGACCGUAGCCAUGUUGAUGAGCAACGUCUUCAAGGCCGCCAAGCGUUCGCUUGAGGGCGAAGGCAAGCCUGCCUUUGAGCCGCUGCCUCUGAACCUCGCCAACCCAGUGCCAUCCGAUUUCGAGAUCUCCAGAGCCCAGAAGCCCAAGGAGAUCACGCAGGUCGCCGCCGAGGCUGGCAUCCUGCCAUCCGAGCUGGAGCCAUACGGGUCCACCAAGGCCAAGGUCAAGCUCGACAUCCUCGACCGUUUGGGAUCGAGACAAAAUGGUAAGUACGUGCUGGUCGCCGGUAUCACCCCAACGCCGCUCGGCGAGGGUAAGUCUACCACGACCGUGGGUCUGGCUCAGGCUCUUGGCGCGCACCUUAAGAAGACCGUGUUCGCCAACGUCCGUCAGCCCUCCAUGGGCCCAACUUUCGGUAUCAAGGGUGGCGCCGCUGGUGGUGGCUACUCUCAGGUCAUUCCAAUGGAUGAGUUCAACCUGCACGUCACUGGCGACAUCCACGCUAUUUCCAUGGCUAACAACUUGCUGGCCGCUGCUAUCGACACCCGUAUGUUCCAUGAGCAGACCCAGAAGGACGCCGCGCUAUACAAGAGACUUGUUCCAUCGAAGCGCGGUGUCAGAAAGUUCACUCCUACUAUGUUGAGAAGACUCGAGAAAUUGGGGAUCAACAAGGAGGAUCCUGACUCUUUGACUCCUGAGGAAAUCACACAGUUCGCGCGUUUGGACAUCGACCCCGAAACCAUCACCUGGAAGAGAGUGGUUGACUGUAACGACAGAUUCCUAAGAGGAAUCACCAUCGGCGAGGCGCCAACCGAGCGUGGCUUCAAGCGCGAAACUGGUUUCGACAUUUCCGUCGCUUCCGAGUGUAUGGCUAUCCUGGCUUUGGCCAACUCCUUGUCCGACAUGAGAGAAAGAUUGGGCAAAAUUGUCAUUGGUGCUUCCAAGAGCGGCGUCCCUGUCACUUGCGAGGACAUCGGUUGCGCUGGCGCUAUGACCGCUUUGCUAAAGGAUGCCGUCAAGCCCAACAUCAUGCAAACCUUGGAAGGUACUCCAGUUUUCGUUCACGCCGGUCCUUUCGCCAACAUCUCUAUUGGUGCAAACUCCGCCAUCUCUGACAAGAUCGCUCUAAAGCUCGCGGGUGUUGACCCAACUGCCUCCGAGGAAGUAAAGAAGGAGAGCCAAGGUUACGUGGUUACCGAGGCAGGCUUCGACUUUACCAUGGGUGGUGAGCGUUUCUUGAACAUAAAGUGCCGCUCUUCGGGACUCGUCCCCGACGUCGUUGUCAUUGUGGCUACCAUUCGUGCCCUCAAGGUCCACGGUGGUGGUCCAGAGGUCAAGGCUGAUGCCCCAUUGCCUACUGAGUACCUAAAUGAGAACGUCGACUUGUUGAGGAAGGGCUGCGCUAACUUGGCCAAGCAUAUUACCAACGUCAAGGCCUACAACCUGCCUGUGGUCAUUGCCAUCAACAAGAUGUCAUCUGACACUGAGCGUGAACACGAAGUCGUCAGAGAAGAGGCUUUGAAGGCUGGUGCCGAUGACGCUCUUGUGUCUAACCACUGGGAAGAAGGUGGUAAGGGCGCUGUUGACCUCGCUGAGGGUGUCAUCAAGGCGUGUGAACAGCCUAACAACAAAUUCAAGUUCUUGUACGAGACUGAAGGUUCCUCGGUCGAGGAAAAGAUCAACACCAUCGCCAAGGAGAUGUACGGUGCCGGUUCAGUUGAAUUUUUGCCAGAGGCUCAAAAGAAGAUUGAUCUCUACACCAAGCAAGGUUUUAGCAAUCUUCCAAUUUGCAUUGCCAAGACUCAAUACUCCCUAUCUCACGACGCGAACCUGAAGGGUGUGCCAACGGGUUUCAAGUUCCCAAUUCGUGAUGUCCGCGCUUCUGUGGGUGCUGGCUACUUGUAUGCGCUAGCAGCUGAGAUUCAAACAAUUCCUGGUCUGCCCACUCACUGUGGCUUCAUGAACAUUGAGGUCAACGAGAAGGGCGAGAUCGAGGGAAUGUUCUAA